AUGGAGCCAGAAUUGGAGUGCUUCGACGCACAGACACGCAAGGCCGAAGGCUACGGGGAGCUGAAGGGCGGCUUUGUGGUCCACUGCAGUCUGAAGAUGUGCCGGCUGUUGCUUGAUCCCAACCAUUUCCUCUUUCCGCUGCUGGGUGCGCGUUUCCCAUUGGAAACAGCGACUGGACUUAAUGGGAGAGUCUGGAUCAAUGCAAACGAAACAAGACACAUAAUUGCCGCUGCGCGAUGCAUCGAAGCUGUGGAUCCAGAUGGUGGUGGUAUGGAUGAAGCCCAUGUGAAAAAGUUUAUCAGUACACUGGACACAUAG